GCGUAUUAUCAGUUGCGGUUCUGCGCUGCGUUCGUGCGGUUCGUUGUGCUUAUCAUACAGCCACAGGUGCUCCGGGCACUCAAGUUCCUUUACAGUUUGAUAAAAACACACACUAAAAUAUAUACAUACAUAUAUAGAUAUUAUUGUUGUUGUGUUAAUUUUGAAUUACAGUGUACUUUUAAAUGCUCUUGGAGGCGGCAGAUAUUAUAUCAAUUACACGGUGCUCCGCAGCAGUUUAAGUAAAACAAAUAAACUCAGCACAAUGCGGUCCAACACGGUGAUGGCGCGGCGACAUCAGCAUUGUCUCCUAUUGCUUUUCCUUCUAACGCAAGCGUUCCUUAUCUCCACGGCGCUACCCGCCCCAUCCAAUACGCUUGCAUCACAAAGUGGCGCUGGAUUAAGCGCUACUAACAACAACAAUAAUGUCAGUGGUAACAGUGCCGGUGGCAAUAGUAAUGUAAAUAGUAAUAGCAACAACAAUGCCAUGGGGAAUCCCAAUGUGAGUAUAAAUAGUGGCAGCAAUACAGCGAGCAACGUCAAUGUUAGCGGCAACUCAAUAAGCAGCAGUGUUGGCGGCGGCCUAGGUGUCGGCUCAGGCAACAACAAUAUUGAUUUGCUGAGUGCAGCUGGCACAAGUGCGGUCGGCGUCGCUGUGCCUGGCAGCAGUGGCAACAGCAGCAACAUCAUGGUAUUGCCUAGGGAGAAGUUGUACGAAAAGUGCACUGGGCCAGGUGAUCCGGGCCCUUGCAAACAAUACAUUUACAAAUGGCGUUACGAGCCGCUCUCCAAUGAGUGCACCACCUUCAUUUGGGGCGGCUGCGAUGGCAAUCCACAGAACCGUUUCAAUACAGAAGCCGAGUGCUUGUAUCAUUGCAUAGGAGGACCGCACACAUUGCCACCAUUUCUGCGCUCCACCACCAGUGAACCCAGCACCACCGAGUCAACACAGCAGUUGUCAUCCAACACUGCGGGUCCUGUAUAUGGGGGCGAUGCUUCAGACUCCAGCCCUGUGCCUUUCGAGCAACGUGGCCCUGAACUAACGUUUGCUGAGACCGGUCAGGAGAAAACAUUCGUCUUUGCCAAGAAUAACACCUUCAUUCAAAUGGACGGUGACAUUAUACAAACAUUUCAAUUAAGACUUUGUCGAGAGAUCUCAUUUCAAUUUCGAACGCGUCUACCACACGGUCUACUCGUCUAUCAUAACGUCAAAAAUCCGGAUCGUAUUAAUUUGGAUCCAUAUGCACUAUAUGUAAUUGUGGAGAAGGGGCAACUGAAAGUGGUGCAUGUUUUUGGAAAGCAUUCAACAAGCGUUACCGUGGGCGAAGGACUCAAUCGUGAUGAAUGGCACAGUGUGAUGGUACGCAUCGAUGUCCAUGGGGCAAGAUUGAUUGCACGCGUUGACAACAGUCAAGAGGAAGUUUACCUAAAGGGCUUGAACCACGACACCAACUAUGGAGUGUCGACGAAUCUGCCGUCUGUGGUGUUGGUCGGAGGUCUUUCGUCGGAGGAGAAACUGCAUGGCGUCAAGUAUAUCAUUGAAUCAUUCGUUGGCUGCAUUCGAAAUGUGGUACUGAGUUCGGGGAAGGCAGCAUCCGAUUUGCUGCCCAUCGCACCGCUGGUGGCCACCAAGCAUGAGAACGUCAAUGAGGGCUGCUCCGACAAGUGCUAUUCCAGACACAAUUUGUGUUUUGUGGGCUCCCGUUGUAUUAAUCACUAUUAUGACAUUUCAUGCGAUUGCUUCGGCACUCCCUACGAAGGCGAGCACUGCGAUAUUUACACGGCAACGAUAAUGACGCUACGUGGCUCCAGUUAUGUCUCGUAUCGCAUUUACGACUGGAAGGAUCGUGUGCACUCCUCGAACACCCGCAUCAGCCUCAUGUUCCGCACACAGUUCGACGACUCAGCGCUUUUCUAUGCGAGCGGCGAAUCACUCAAACAUCAAUACAUCGCUGCUUCGAUAAAAAAUCAAUCAAUUCAUGUGGAAAUGGAUUUCGGCGAUAACGUGCUGUCGACAGUGCUCACUGAUGAGUUGACACGUAGCAAUUGGCAUAAUUUAACCAUUCACCAUGAGCGACGCACAGUGCGCAUCAUACUUGAUCAGCAAAUGAAGGUGUUGGACAUACCGGCGACUUCAAGCGGCAAUCUGCUAUUCGAUCCCGAAAUCUAUUUCGGAGGUGGCCCGGAUUUGCACAAGAAGAAGGGCUUGCAUUCGCAGAACAAUUUCGUUGGCAGCUUGAAAUAUGUCUACUACAAUGACGUGUCGAUUUUAUAUGAGCUUCAGAAGAGUAAUCCUAAAGUGCACUAUCAUGGUGUCCUCGAGGCCGAAUUCCAAGAGAACGAAGUCAACGUCAUACCCAUUACGUAUCCCUUCGCAACAUCUCACAUUUGGUGGCCCAUAAAUCACGCCGAAGAAUUUAAUAUUAAAUUCGAUUUCCGGAGUAGUCGUACAGCAGCGGUAUUGGCAUACAGUGAUGUGACAACAGCAUCCGGAAAUGGAUUUUGGGAGAUACGCCUCUCCUCGGACAAACUGAGUUUUGAUCUAGUGCCCGAUUUGGGCAGCAACCUCACCCAUUCAACAGUGAUCAAAGUGAAUAGAGCCACCUCUUGGCAUUCAGUUGAGUUGGACUAUAAGGCGGGUGAAAUCACUUUCACCGUGGACUACCACCUGACGCAGAGCCAAAUGUUCGGCUUGACUUUUAAUAUCGGUGAUAAAUUAAUUAUUGGCAGUAGUCUUAAGUCUGCAGCAUCUGGACUGGUGGGCUGCAUACGUGACAUCGAAAUCAAUGGUCAUCUAAUCGAGCCGCGACAUGUCGUGAAGACAGAGCGAGUGGUUGGCGAGGUUGCAUUGGAUAACUGCAAUUACAUCGAUCCGUGCAAACGGCCGAAUACCUGCGAACAUGGCGGCAAGUGUUUCGUGAAGGAUGAUCGUGUCACUUGCGACUGCAAACACACCGGCUACAUCGGCAAGAACUGCCAUUUCACCAAAUACCGUAAGACUUGUGAGGAACUGGCACUGCUCGGCUACACCAAAUCCGAUGUAUACCUCAUCGAUAUCGAUGGCAAUGGUGUAUUUCCACCGGCACAUGUUAAGUGCGACUUCCAGAGUUUGGAGAAUGCUACAAAAACUAUUGUCGAACACAAUUUACCAAGUCAAGUUGAUGUGCGUUCGGCGAGUGAGAGUGAUUUCAGCUAUAACAUACGUUAUCGGGAAUUUUCACCCGACAUGUUGCAAGAAUUGAUAUCUCAUUCUUUGUACUGUACGCAAUACAUCAAGUACGACUGUUACAAGGCACCAUUGGAACUGCACUCGGCCACGUGGUUCACAUCGUCCGCCAAGAAUCUGACUGUGGAUUUCCUCGGCAAUGCGAAACGUGGUGCGUGUCCCUGUUCCAUCAAUAAAACAUGUGUGGACCCAAAUCAAUCAUGCAACUGUGAUGUGAAGGAAAACAAAUGGUAUUCCGACGAGGGCUACUACAAUGAACCACACAGUCUUGGCAUAACGAAUAUGUACUUCUUGCAACAAAAAGACCUGGAGGAGGACUCACAGGGACGCAUUACACUGGGACCAUUAGAGUGUGUCGAAACGAAUACACAAAAGUAUGUUGUCACCUUCACCACAUCACAGUCGUACAUUGAAGUGCCCGGCUGGCGGAAGGGUGAUAUUGCCUUCUCCUUCCGCACCACCGGCGAAAAGGCCAUUCUGCUCUUCCAACCACCCAUUCGGCCGAACCAUCCAUCCUUUAUGGUCGCACUCACCGGCGACUAUCAGCUGACAUUCAAUUUCACCCUCAGCACCGGCACGACAAGAGAGCUGGUAAUUAACUCGCAUCGCAAACUGAAUGGCGGUGAAUGGCAUAAGAUUUGGAUCGACUACAAUGAGUAUCACGUGCGCUUUAUGAUAAAUACCGACUAUCAAAUGGUGGAUCUGCUGCCGGAGGAGGAAUUCGGACCGUUCGAGGGCAGCAUGUACAUCGGCGGCGCCACAGCUGACCUGCUAAAGAAGCUCUCUGUUAAGGCUGGCCUAAUUGGUUGCUUCCGCGGCCUAGUCGUCAACGGUGAAAUACUCGACAUUUACAGUUAUAUGUCCGUGCAUCUUUCGGAGAUAAUUAAAGACUGCAAGCCUUCGUGUGUGCCGUCUCCGUGUAAAAAUGGCGCCCAAUGCAAGGAACUAUGGAGUACAUUCCAAUGUGUGUGCAGCAAUCCGUGGGCACAUAUCGGUGAAUUCUGCGAGACAAACAUCAACGAGAAGGCACUCACCUUCAUUACGCGUGAGUCGUUCUUGAUGCGCAAUUACAUAAGUACACCCGCCGCUACGCCGCCCUUCCUGCCGGCCGCCUACUCUAUAUACGGCAUCAACGAGGAACGGGACAUUAUCAAAGGCAUCCUUGCACAAGAUAUUCUCAUCAAUUUACGCACUUACGAUGCGAAUGCGCUAGUCUUAUAUGCAAACGAUCAUUACAACAAUUUCGUGCACUUGUAUAUAAGCUCUGGUCGCGAAAUCGUCUUCCUCUAUAAUUAUGGCGAUGAAAUUGUUAAUCUCACUAUAGUUGAUGUGUCCGUGAGUAGCCUGAACAGCAUUCAGGUGGCCAUCGAGCGCGAGGAGCACCGCACCACAAUGCAUGUGAACGAGCAGAGCGUGAGUGUGGAGAGGGGAAUGGUGCUAUUGGAUGAAUACAGCAACAAACCCUGGAUUAAUCCGGAGAAAGAGGUUCUCUCACCACACCGACCACCCGCACCGCCAACUGAGUACUUCCAAUUCAAUAUUGGCGGUUACGAUCCUGCGAAUUUGCUAAGGCCCAAUCUGGACGCUCCUGCGCUGCAGGGAUAUAUUGGCUGUGUGCGUGGCCUGAAAAUUGGCACAAAUCUAAUCGACUUGGCUGACAUCAACGAACGGAAUAUUUCACCCACUAUGGAAGGUGUUCUGCCCAACUGUCAAAUCAAAUGUGACGCCGAGCCUUGCAAAAAUGGCGGCAUAUGUAAAGAGAAUUUCGCCAAACAGGAGUCAACAUGCGAUUGUGAACACACCAGUUUUCUGGGUGAAUUCUGUAUGGAGGAGAAGGGUGCGGACUUUAGUGGCGAAUCAACGCUGUUGCGUAAAUUCGAGCUCACCGGCAAAGUGGACUAUGUGCGUUUGCAAUUGGCAUUCUCCUCGUUCGAUUUGCGGCGUGCCAACCGUGUGAUGUUGUUAUUGCAGCCGACCGGUGAUCGCAGUUAUUACCUGAUGGUAGCCAUUAACGCUGAUGGCCAACUACUAUUCGAAGAGGACCGUGAAGGGCCGGCUGUGGGGGCGCACAUCGAUCGAAGCUUUCUGAAUAAUGCACGCCACUCCAUCUACUACAUACGCAACGGCAGUGAUGCCACACUGUAUAUUGACCGCGAAAAGGUGCCGUUGACAAAGAUUCAGACACGUGCACCGGUGCCAACGAGUGAUGUGGGUGGAAAUCGUGUACAAAUUGGUGGCAUCAAUACAACAGAUGCGAGAUUUGCCGUGUUCAAGAGUUAUAGCGGUUGUCUGUCGAAUAUUUACAUACAAGUGAAUAAUUAUGUGAUGAAACCGCUGGAGGAGUACAUGCUCUUCACCAAGUCGGGUGCGGACAACAUAACUGUUAUUCACCCACAGGGUUUGCGCAGCGCUCAGUGUAUUGCCAAAUUCGAUAUUUCAGAGCAGCCAUCACAGGAACCAAUGGUCAACGUGAGCUCGAGCGUCGAGACUUGGGUUGAGGAUCCACCGCAACGCGUGCUUUAUGUAGCCAAAUUCGGUUACGACGUGUCGGAGAAGGAGGAUUCCACGCAAGUGGUAUUCAUAACGCUGACGUCGCUCUUUGUGAUCAUCAUAAUUUGCUGUCUAAUAGAGGUGUACCGCAGCCAUCGCGCUUACAAGAAACGCAUCGAGCGCCAGACCGACGAGGAUAUCAUCUGGUCCAAGGAGCAAGCGACGAAAUUGCAUGAAUCACCCGCUGUGACCGGAACACAGUCCUACGCCUAUAAAGUGUUGCCACAGGAUGAAAAGAAGUCGGGAAAUGGUGCUCCACUAGUGGGUAUUUUGAAAAAUGGCAGCGCAGCUGGUGCCGCCUCGGCAGCCGGUUCAGUAACGCCGGCUAAAGAGAAUGGCAGCACAAAGAAGAACGGCGACAUACCGCUGGGUCAAAUUGACGCGCGCAUCGAUGAGGAGGAUGAAGAUGACGACGACGAUGCUGCAAACACAGAAGUGGAUAAAAGCUUAGAUGAAGCUUUGGAGGCAGAGCAGCGUGAGGAACAAGUGGUGGGGAAAGAUUUGAGUGCCGAUGCACAGAAAAUCGCUGAUGCAACACUUGAAAAUAAAACCACGAACGCAAACGAAGAUAAACGUGAAAGCAAUACCGAUGCAAAUAAGAUUGCUGAUGAAAAACCGACCGAAGGCACUGGAGGUAAAGAGGAAAAGAAAGCUGAGGGCGAAAGUAUAGAGCCGGCAGAGGAAGACAAACUCAGCGCAACGAAACCGAAGGAAAACGCAGAAGUUGACCAAAAAGCGCCACCAAGCACCGAGACUCCCUCGCCAGCACCACAAAAGCCCGAAAAAGAAACUCAAACGCCUACACAAAUAGAUGGCGAUUCGGUGGAUGGGCCGCCGCAGCAGACGACGCCUGCGGCCACAAAUGGCUCAACAGCGAACGGUCAUGGCACGAUACCAGAAGAGCACAGCAGUUAUACGCCAGAAGACAGUGACAGUUUACCCAGCAUUUCCAGUCCUGACGCGCAGCCGACGGAGGUCUUACCAUACGAACGCGCACAAUCGACUCCGCCCUACAGCAUAAAGAGUCCGAAGCCAAAGAAACGUUUACUCCCAUCUGUGAGUUUCAGACUGCCAAAGGAAUUUAAAAAGAAAAAUGCAGCGAAUCAGCCCAAUGGUAAGGCAAUAGCUGCUAAUGAUAGUGUUGCUGGUGGUGAUGAGGCGAGUCCCAUGCUAUCGCCAACCACACCAGCGACGACGCCCGAUAGUGCGGCUGCACCAAGUACUUCGACUGGCAACAGCGAAGUGCCUCCAGCUCCCACUGAAAUUGAUAAUGUGCCAGUUAUACCCUUCCGUACAAAAUCCAAUCCCCGUCUGCAAGUUAAACCGGCUUUUAUAGACGACGCGCACCGACAAUUCUGGAACCCUAUCAGUUAUUUGGGCGGACCUCAUCUCCUGCCAAAAGAUCGGAAUAGCAUCAUUUCGGUAUUAUCGCUCGAUUAAAGUUGGGCUCUUUGUAUAGUGAACAAACACCUAGCUCUAAGUGCGCAUCGUUAGAAACUAAACUAUAAAUGUAGAUAUGUAUUUAUUAAAUAUAUUCGAAAGUAAACUGACAGUUUCAAGUAUGUACUUAAUCGACAGUAUAACAUUCAUUGACCAAAGAUGUUAUUAUUUUCUAGAGUAUUAAAUCUGUAAUGUCCAAAGAAAUAUAUGAAAAUUUGUUUUACGUAGUGUUAUUAAUUAGUCCAGUAAGUGAAAAUUGAAAAGAAAUAUUAAAACAAAAUAUUUAAAAAAGUUCAUAUUUUAUUAUUGAUACGGAUGGUAAGUUAGGUGGAUGGAAACAGAAAAACUAUGGACAUAGCGACAUUCUGAACAGAGUAAAAGUAAAUGCCAAUAAAUCAGAUUUCAUUAUCCCAGAGUUAGACUUCAAUAGGGGAUUCCAGGUGAGGAUACCCUCUAGACGAGAGUGGAGAAGAGGCCUAAUAAGGGAGGAAAAUACUAUAGCAGUCUAUACCGACCGCGGAGUAGGCACAGGUGUAUACUCCGAUGAUCUUAAAAUUUCUCGCUCCUUCCGUCUACCGAACUUGGCUAGCAUCUUCCAAGCGGAAGUACUGGGCAUAGAGGAGGCCUGUGAAGCUCUAAUGGCUAACUACCAGAGGAUACAAAAAGCAAUAAUUUAUACAGAUAGUCAGGCGGCGCUCCUAGUUUUGUCGACGCCACUGACUAACUCCAGCGUAGUCCAUAACUGCAAGAAGGCAUUUAACACUCUGAAAGACAAAGUACAAUUAGACUUGGUCUGGGUUCCCGGCCAUAGGAACAUCUUCGGUAACGAAAAGGCAGACGAGUUGGCAAAAGCAGGAGCCGUUUUAGACGAAUCCGAAGCUAUGCCAAUACCAUGCCCGCUAGGAACGAUCAAAAGAGAGCUCAACAUACAAUUUGAACAAUUAGCAGAGAACAGAUGGAAGAAUACAACAAAAUAUAAAAUAACUAAACAGAUAUGGCCAAAAUAUGAUAAGACUAGAUCUGGGGUAUUAUUAAAUAGGUCCAGGAAAAGUAUUUUCAGACUUACAGCUACUUUAACGGGUCAUUGGCCAUUUGGAGAACAUGCAAUGAAAAUGGGCAUAGAGGGGAAUAAGGAAACAAUAUUCCACUUUCUCUGUGAAUGUCCAGCCCUAUCGCAGAUCAAACACAGGACACUUGGAGGCCAUCAGGCUUCAAGCCUUGAAUGGAUAUCCACUAAAAGCAUAUCGGACAUAAGUAGCUUCAUCGAAAACACAAAGUGGUUUGAACGGAAAGAUGAAACGGGAUAACAGUAAAUUAUAAGGUCUACGAAUAGCGCAUCAAAAUGGCACAUCUAGUGUUAAUUGGGCCAUAUAAUUAUAUGGCUGCACUCCUACCUACCUACCUAUAGUAACAUAUUUUCAUAUCCACUGAGAACUUUGGUCUCUUUUAUCUUCCCCUCAGCCACACCCCUCACUCAGUGCCAACAAAUUACCAAAGGCUGUUUCGACAAUCUAACCCUGUUUGGGAUGGCAAGUUUUUUUAGUUCAUCUCUGAAGCAACUCCUUGCAGUAAGGUUGCUUCGCAUCCCCUCAUUUCGAGCUGACAUCGGGGUCAAUCCGGUCCUGAGGAAUUUUUCUGCUGCGUAUGCGCUAAGAGCCAUCCAAAUUCCAUUUCGGUUAUGUGUAUUUUAUGCAAUGGAGAUCUUACGACCUGUUCUGGCCUUAAAAAUCACAAGGAUUGACCACCAUAGUGGCCAACUUAGAGCCUCUACGGCUCCCAAGAACUCAACUAGGCACCAUGACUCCCAGUCUGAUCAAUCCCGCCAAACACAAAGAUAUCUGCGGGUGGUUGCUUAUUGGGCGAACAGAACCGGCUUAGCCGUUAAUCAAAGUAAAACAGAAUUGGUGUUAUUUACGAGCAAAUACAAAAUACCGGACGUCCCACCCCACUCAUUGGGAGGAUCUCGGAUUAAACCUGUAGAAAAGGUGAAAUACUUGGGCGUCAUCCUAGAAAGGAAGCUAUACUGGAGGCCUAAUAUUAAAGAAAGGGUUAAGAAGGCAUCAGUUGCCUUAUACUGGGGAUAUCAAGGGUCCCAAAAAUGGACAUUCUAAAACUCUCGAUCACUUAGACUGCAUCCCUGGGAAUCUGGAUUACUGUGUUGCGGAACCUAAUCCCACGCUUCCUCUGUCAGAGAGGUGAGCAUUUAUUAGGACAAAGAAAUUCAAGGAGUACCUUGCCUCUCUUCAGUAGCUUCCAGCUACUUUAAUAUAAUACUCGUUUAGGUCCCAGGCCAUAGCGGUAUCGCUGAAAACUGCAAAGCCGAUGAGCUUGCACUUAAGGACACUCAAGCUGCAAUCUCAUCAGAGUGGGAACAAGCUGGUGCUCCCCUAUCCACAUGCCGCUCUGCAUUGGCGGCGGUUUGUCGUUACUCGAGUGUCUUGUCCAUCUAUUUUUAAGAGUUUGGGGGAACUGAGUUCACAAAGAACUGGCUUUAGCUAUCCAAGUGAGAUCUUUUAUGGCACAGGAGAUCAGGCACUCUAACCUAACCAAACGUAAAUAUUUCGUAAACAUAACAAAAAAUGUAACUUAAUUAGCAGUUUUAAUGUUUUCAAACACCUUUUUUGAUACAUAACACCGAUGUCAAGUUUCGAUGCAUCAUAUCGAAUAAAACAUCGAUGAUUUUUUCAAUGGAUAUCCCUAGUUCAUGGCCUUAAUAAGAAACCACCGAAGAGAAUACUAUUUGCGUUAACCUGAGAAAAGCUUUUGGCACGGUCAAUCUCACAACGCUACUAGAAGAUAUUAAACAAAUAACUUUCUGCGGGGCUGAAGAGAUUGAUCAUUACUUACCUGAUCGGUCGGCAAUCAUACGUAUUAUUUCGAGUAAUAACAUCAGAACUCAGAACAUUGGAAGCAGACAGCGUCAGAUAUACCUUAAACGCCACUCACAAAACAUAUGUUCUGUCAUUGCAUGUAGACUCCCCGCAUGACACUAACCUCCUCUUUGCAUGCACAGCGAACAUGGCUGAUAUAACACCCCUGUCCCUAGAAUCUGAGAUGGCCGAAAUUGUUGGAUUCUUGGGCCUUCCGUUACAUGAAGGGUCUGGAUAAUCGUUAUAACAACAACAAAUUCUAAUUAAAAGUAACUACAAAAUAAUUAAUCAUGAAAUAUAGUAUGUAUCCACUUAUAAAACACUGUUUAUUUUCUCGAUUUUCAUUUAGACUUUAGAAAAUGCAAGUUACAUGCAGACUUAGUUUUUCUUUUCACGUCCUAUUCUUACACUUUAAUAAAAAAUAUGUAUUUUACAUUCUUAUUUUAAUUUAAUGUGACAGAUGAAGGUUUUUGUGUGUUAUUACCAAGUGCACAUACAGCAAUGGCAUAUAAAUACAUACAUUUACGUUAGGUAAAAGCGUAAUUAUUGAUAUCAAUUUCGAAGCAUCUCGUAAAAAUAAUUAGUCAAGUGAUAAACAUUCAAAUAAAAAUCAUUCC